CAUCCAACCAGCUGAUUCUUCCAAGAAAUCAGAGGCCAACCCGCUCACAGAGAUCCUCAAAAACCCAACCAAAGUGGUCCUGCUGAGGAACAUGGUGGGCCGAGGGGAGGUGGACGAAGACCUGGAGGGAGAGACGAAAGAAGAGUGCGAGAAAUAUGGCAAAGUGGUUAAAUGUGUCAUUUUUGAGAUUGCAGAGGUGCUAGAUGACGAAGCUGUCAGGAUAUUUCUGGAGUUUGAGAGGGUGGAGUCGGCCAUCAAAGCUGUGGUAGACCUGAAUGGACGUUAUUUCGGCGGGCGAGUCGUCAAGGCCUGCUUCUACAAUCUAGACAAGUUUCGGGUUUUGGAUCUUGGCGAGCAGGUCUGAUGUUUCUCCGGGCACUGACAGAUUCCUAUUUGUAAAUAAACUUUUUUUUAAUGAUUCCUGGAUGGCAGUGACGUGUCUGUAUGUAUUGAUCCUAGAAAUUGUUUUUUUUCCUGUGAUGAAAAAUACCUUUAUGUCAAGACAAAAUAAAGGGUAUUUGUGUACUGUU